AUGGCGACCUACACGCCGCCGCUGACGCCGCCGUCCGAGCCCACCAAGCGGCUCAAAAAUCUCGAGCCGGAGCCCAUCGACAUCAACAUCCCCGACAACUACGUCCAGCACACGCUCAAGACGCAGAAGGAGCUCCCGCCUAUCACCUGGAGCAACUGGUACCGCGAGCUGCAGUGGAUCAGCGUCCUCGCGCUCACGAUCACACCUGCACUUGCGAUCUACGGCGCGUUUACGACCAAGCUCACAUGGCAGACGGGCCUCUUCAGCGUCUUCUACUACUACGUGACUGGCCUCGGUAUCACCGCCGGAUACCACCGUCUGUGGGCGCACCGGUCGUACAACGCCUCCAAGCCGUUGCAGUACUUCCUCGCGCUCGCGGGCUCGGGCGCCGUCGAGGGCUCCAUCAAAUGGUGGUCGCGCGGCCACCGUGCGCACCAUCGCUACACCGACACCGAACUCGACCCGUACUCGGCCCAGAAGGGCUUCUGGUGGUCGCACGUCGGCUGGAUGCUCUUCAAGCCGCGCCGCAAGCCCGGCGUCGCCGACGUCAGCGACCUCAGCCGCAACGAGGUCGUCAGGUGGCAGCACCGCUGGUAUGUCUGGCUCAUCCUUGGCAUGGGCUUCGGGCUCCCGACUGUUGUCCCGGGCCUGCUCUGGGGUGACUGGUGGGGCGGGUUCUUCUACGCGGGUGCUCUGCGCCUGACGUUCGUGCACCAUUCGACGUUCUGUGUCAACUCCCUAGCGCACUGGCUGGGAGAGACGCCGUUCGACGACAAGCACACGCCCAGGGACCACGUUAUCACCGCGCUCGUCACCAUCGGCGAGGGCUACCACAACUUCCACCACCAGUUCCCCAUGGACUACCGCAACGCCAUCAAGUGGUACCAGUACGACCCGACAAAGUGGUUCAUCAUGGCCUGCCAGUGGGUCGGCCUCGCGUCACAUCUCAAGACGUUCCCUGAUAACGAAGUCCGCAAAGGCCAGCUGACUAUGCAGCUCAAGCGGCUCCGGGAAACGCAGGAGAAGCUCACCUGGGCACCGGAUAGCAACGACCUGCCCAUUGUCUCUUGGGACAGCUUCCAGGAACAGUCGGCGAAGCGUCCGCUGAUCUUGAUUGCUGGCUUCAUCCACGAUGUCGCGUCCUUCUUGGACGAGCACCCUGGCGGCCGGCAUCUGCUCGUGAAGUACAUCGGCAAGGACGCUACGACGGCGUUCUUCGGCGGUGUCUACGAUCACUCCAACGCCGCGCAUAACCUGCUCUCGAUGCACCGCGUUGGCAUCCUGCAACACGGCUACCGCCAGAGCUUGGACGAUAAGGCCAUCCCGCCCGCGCAGCGCCUGCGGAUUGCGCGGUACAACGAGCUCGGGUCAUCGACGGCCGUGUCGGAUGCGGAGACGCUAGUGGGGGAGAAGGAGGAGAAGGAAGCGUAG